AUGUUGCGUAGCUUUAUUCUAACUGCAUUGGUCGCGAUACUGGGGUUUGGUCCCACGAAUGCUCUAUCCGGCGCGAAAGUCUCCAGGGAUGACACCAAUUGGAUUACUGUCUGGGGUUCCAUGCCUCAGCUUACUGAGCCAGCAAAUCUGCCGCCUGCACCGUUUAACCAGACUGGUCGCACAUUUCAGAACACCACAAUUCGGCAGACUGUCAAGGUCUCGAUAAAAUCGUCUUCACUUCGGCUUCAAAUCAGCAAUGCCUUUGGUGGCUCAGACCUGCGCCUCUCCGCGGUCAGCUUUGCGUUACCUACAAACGCAUCAGCUGCAGGCGGGAACGCGAUCAAGCCCUCCAGUGACCGCAAAGUCACCUUCUCCGGCAAACCGACUUUUGUGGUACCUAUGGGCGCUCUGGUGAUUUCUGACCCUAUCGAUAUCUCACUUGACGCUGGGUCAAUCGUGACUAUUAGCAUCUAUCUAGAACAAGGUCAGACAACCAAUCAAAUCACCUCCCACCCAGGCAGCAGGACGACAUCGUGGCUCAUCAACGGAAACCACAUCCACGACGCGGAGUUGGAGGACGCUGUGGCUGUGGAUCAUUGGUACUACAUUAGCGCAUUGGAAACCAAGGGCCCCAAGAAAGCGUCUACAAUUGCGAUUGUGGGCGAUUCUCUCACUGACGGCCGCGGUUCUACCACGAACGCGAACAACCGGUGGCCGGACCAGCUCUUGUCUCGAUUGCAAAAGAAUAAACAAACUUCAGAUGUGGCCAUACUCAACCAAGCAGCUGGUGGAAACCGUUUGUUGGCGGAUGGACUUGGUCCCAAUGGCCUAGGCCGUCUGGAUCGGGAUGUCAUCGCCCACUCGGGAGUGGAACACGCCAUCUUUCUCAUUGGCAUCAACGACAUUGGUACUACAGCUGCUGAGUCCGGUCCUCAGGCCGAAAUCGCCUCAAGAAUAACCGGAGCAUACCAACAGGCGGUGAUGCGACUGCACCGGCAUGGAAUCUCCGUGUAUGGAGGCACGCUUAUGCCAGCCGCCGGCAAGGGAAACUCGUAUGGGCUUCCAGCACGAGAGGAGGCUCGACAGUCUAUCAACAAGUGGAUUAGAGAGAGCGGAAUCUUUGACGCAGUCAUUGACUUUGACGCAAUGGUGAAGAACCCCGACAAGGAGAACGAGAUUCUCGAGGAGUACGACUCUGGAGAUGGCCUCCAUUUGAACCCGGCCGGUUACCAGGCGAUGGCUGAUGGUAUAGACCUUGGACUUUUUUUCUGA